CUCCCCUGUUAUCGUCGGAUUUCUCGUGACGGUGAGUCCGUGACACGCCGGCGCCAUGGCGAGCAGGUGCCUAGCGGCUGCAUCGGAGGCCGCCGUCGUCUUCCUCAUCCGGCCCAUCCUCGCCAUCGUUUUCGUCUUCACCCUCAUCCUCCUCGGCUGGUACGUGGCGUGGACGACGGUGCUGGUGCACGUGCCGCUGGUGCAGGAGAUCGCCGGCCUGCGCCCGAAGAAGCCCUCUAAACCCAAGCCAGCCAACCGCGGCCGCGUCGCCAAGUUCUACCGGAACCAGGCCGAGGCCGCACAAAGGAACUGCAAAUCAGAAGGGGCACCUUAAGAGAAAAUCUGCUGCACACUAGUAUGCAAAUUCCCUGGUAGUUCUAAUUAGAAUGCAAUACUACUAAUGAUGACGGUUUUCUAGGAGAGAAUGUAUAUCUGCAUUUGAUGGGAGCUUCCUGCAUGACGACUUCUCUAGGAGAGAAUGUGUAUCAGCAUUUGACGGGAGCUUCCUGCAUGACGACACAUCAGGCUUAUGAUACUAGCGUAUCAACUUUUAGUUGCAUGACCUUGUAAAAUGAGGACCUUUUAAUUGUAGAUUGUACAUAUACUUGUACAUGACUUUUAGUUGCAACGACAACGAUCAUCUAUUCAAUCA